AUGAAGUUUACCGCCGGUGCCGCCCUCGCUUUGUUAUCCUCCCAAGCUUACGCUGCCCUCACCAACGUCACCUUGUGGGCCCAAUCCGAUGAUCAAUCUAUCAACGGUAACGGCUUGUCCUCCAUCCACGAAGGCGCUGCCAUUAACUACUUCUUCUUGGGUUCUGCUGCUCAGACCUUGGUUUACGAUGACGAGAACAACUGGAUUUACUUUCAACCAAUUCCAGACUUGAAGCAAUACUUCUCUGUUUACCAGACCAUUGUCCAAAUGACCGUUGCUACUGAAGCUGGUACCACUGUCACCAUUGAUGAUGCCGGUGUCUUGAGUUUCGAAGGCAGCUCUGACUUCUAUGCUCAAAAGAACAUUAAUGAUCCAUACAGUUACUCCAAGACUUCCUUCGCUGUUUUG